GGGGGAACUGAGGCCAGAGCGGCAAGGGAACAGCUAGGACGCGGGGCCAGUAGAUCAGAAAGCGGGUGGAAACAAAGUUCAAGCUGUUUUCCCAGUCAGCCGCACAGUUUAACGGGACUUUAUGGAGACGUUGGAAGUAUGUGCAGCCUGACUGUCGUGGCCUUCUCACGCUGGGCGUCCCCUGGUGGGACGCGUUGCCCGGGAGCCCUUCCCCGCGGCCCCAGCAGCCCCAGCAGCUCUGACUGUCGCCGACCCUGGGUUGUUGAAGUGGUGCUUUCGGGAACCUGUUCGGUGCAGAUGCAGCGGAGUGCGGCUUCAGAUUCGCCUGGGCGGCUGGUUGAAAUGCCAGUUUAGAGCACUUGCUUGGCCGCAUGGAAUUAAACACCGCGGGAGCUCGGACCGCAGAAUCUGUCUAGUACUCGUCCCGAGUGUCCCUGAGGGCCUCUAAGGAGUAUGUUGCUGCUGUUCUGCUUUGCGUCCUCGCUACAAACGCCUGGUGGACAACAUCUUCCCUGAGGAUCCAAAAGAUGGCCUUGUUAAAGCUGAUAUGGAAAAAUUGACAUUUUAUGCAGUAUCUGCUCCAGAGAAGCUGGACCGAAUAGGUUCUUAUUUGGCAGAAAGACUGAGCAGGGAUGUUGUCAGACAUCGUUCUGGGUACGUUCUGAUUGCCAUGGAGGCACUGGACCAACUUCUCAUGGCAUGCCACUCUCAAAGCAUCAAGCCAUUUGUGGAAAGUUUUCUUCAUAUGGUGGCAAAGCUGCUGGAAUCAGGGGAACCAAAGCUUCAAGUUCUUGGAACAAAUUCUUUUGUCAAGUUUGCAAAUAUUGAAGAAGAUACACCAUCCUAUCACAGACGUUACGACUUUUUUGUAUCUCGAUUCAGUGCCAUGUGUCAUUCCUGUCAUAGUGAUCCAGAAAUACGAACAGAAAUACGAAUUGCUGGAAUAAGAGGUAUUCAGGGUGUGGUCCGCAAAACAGUUAAUGAUGAACUUCGGGCUACCAUUUGGGAACCCCAGCAUAUGGAUAAGAUUGUUCCAUCUCUUCUGUUCAACAUGCAGAAGAUAGAGGAUAUUGACAGCCGCAUUGGCCCUCCUUCUUCUCCUUCUACAGCUGACAAAGAAGAGAAUCCCUCAGUGCUGGCUGAGAACUGUUUCAGAGAACUGCUGGGUCGAGCGACUUUUGGGAAUAUGAAUAAUGCUGUCAGACCAGUUUUUGCGCAUUUAGAUCAUCACAAACUGUGGGACCCUAAUGAAUUUGCAGUUCACUGCUUUAAAAUUAUAAUGUAUUCUAUUCAGGCUCAGUAUUCUCACCAUGUGAUCCAGGAGAUUCUAGGACACCUUGAUGCUCGUAAGAAAGAUUCUCCACGGGUUCGAGCAGGUAUUAUUCAAGUUCUGUUAGAGGCUGUCGCCAUUGCUGCUAAAGGUUCCAUAGGACCUACUGUGCUGGAAGUCUUCAAUACCCUCCUGAAACAUUUGCGUCUGAGUGUUGAAUUUGAAGCAAAUGACUUGCAUGCGGGAUCUGUAACCAAUGUCAGUGUAAACACAGGUCCUAAAGAUAAUGAUGAGAAGAUUGUGCAGAAUGCUAUCAUCCAAACAAUAGGAUUUUUUGGAAGCAACCUACCAGACUAUCAAAGGUCAGAAAUCAUGAUGUUCAUCAUGGGGAAAGUACCUGUUUUUGGAACAUCUACUCAUACUUUGGAUAUCAGUCAACUAGGGGAUUUGGGAACCAGGCGGAUUCAGAUAAUGUUGCUGAGAUCUUUGCUUAUGGUCACCUCUGGAUACAAAGCGAAGACGAUUGUUACUGCACUGCCGGGAUCUUUUCUGGAUCCUUUGUUAUCACCGUCUCUCAUGGAAGAUUAUGAACUGAGGCAGUUAGUCUUAGAAGUAAUGCAUAAUCUCAUGGAUCGCCAUGACAAUAGGGCAAAGCUUCGAGGGAUCAGAAUAAUACCAGAUGUAGCCGACCUAAAGAUAAAAAGAGAAAAAAUUUGUAGGCAAGACACAAGUUUCAUGAAAAAGAAUGGACAACAGCUCUACCGGCACAUAUAUUUGGGUUGCAAAGAGGAAGACAAUGUUCAGAAAAACUAUGAGCUACUUUAUACUUCUCUUGCUCUUAUAACUAUUGAACUGGCCAACGAAGAAGUGGUUAUUGAUCUCAUUCGAUUGGCCAUUGCUUUACAGGACAGUGCAGUUAUCAACGAGGAUAAUCUGCCAAUGUUCCAUCGCUGUGGAAUCAUGGCACUGGUUGCAGCCUAUCUCAACUUUGUAAGUCAGAUGAUCGCUGUUCCUGCAUUUUGCCAGCAUGUUAGCAAGGUUAUUGAAAUUCGAACUAUGGAAGCUCCUUAUUUUCUACCAGAACAUAUUUUCAGAGAUAAGUGCAUGCUUCCAAAAUCUUUAGAGAAGCAUGACAAAAAUCUGUACUUUCUGACCAACAAGAUUGCAGAGUCACUUGGAGGAAGUGGAUAUGGCAUUGAGAGAUUAUCAGUUCCAUAUGUACCACAAGUGACAGAUGAAGAUCGCCUUUCUAGGAGAAAAAGUAUUGUGGACACCGUAUCGAUUCAAGUGGAUAUUUUACCCAACAGUGUUCCUUCUGAUGAUGUGGUUAGUAACACGGAAGAAAUCACCUUUGAAGCACUGAAGAAAGCAAUUGAUACUAAUGUAAUGGAAGAACAAGAAAAGGAAAAGAGACGUCUUGUAAUAGAGAAAUUCCAGAAAGCACCUUUUGAAGAAAUAGCAGCACAGUGUGAAUCCAAAGCAAAUUUGCUUCAUGAUAGACUUGCUCAAAUAUUAGAACUCACUAUACGUCCUCCUCCCAGUCCAUCAGGAACACUGACCAUUACUUCUGGGCAUGCUCAGUACCAGUCCGUCCCAGUCUAUGAGAUGAAGUUUCCAGAUCUGUGUGUGUACUAAGUUGUUCAUGAAGACCUCAGCAUAGAACUGUAAAGCCUAAAAGUUAAGGCCAUGCUGAAUUUUCAGGGUUUACUUAAUGCAUAUUAACAUAUUUUUUUGAAUAUGAUGAUGGAAGUUGCUUUUAAACAAGUGGUAGACAUACUAUAUUAGAAGUUUAGGAACUGUAUAUGGCUUAGUGCUUUUGAAGAUAGAUUAUGCCAUGUUAAUUUGUUUUGAGGUUCCAUUUGGCUUUUAAAGUUGAACACACAUUAAUCAUAUAUUCCUCCAUUGUUCCACAGUAUAUUUUAAACUUUUCACGAAGGUAAUUUUUUUAAAAAUUGAAAAUGUAUGAAGCGUCUACUGUGUUUCUUGACUACCUACACAACUGCUUAGAAAUAGAAUUGCUUUCGGUUUUGGUUAUCUGCAAAAGUAAAUAUAUUCCUAAUCCUCUUGCAAAACAGUCACAUGGCUUUCAGUCCCUACUCUUUAGAUAAGUUGUGGUAGGCAUCUUUCCAGUCAUCUACUAUAACACUGAGUAGUAGGCAUUUCUUACCGUGUUUACAGUAAUACAACAUCUGUUGAGUGGUAUUCCUACACUAUGACUUUUAAAAUGGGCAUACUGUAAAGCAUCUAGUUCUUGUAAUACUGUGUUUUCUGCUGAGAGUUUAACCACUUGAGAAGCUUAGCGCUUACUUUUGGAGUACUGAACUGUGCAAUAUUUUUACAUCAGAAGAUGUAUUAGUUUACAUGAUAGUAAUAUUUUGCUGUGGCUCCAUUAAUUAAAUUAAAUAUAUAUAUUUAGUAUAGAAAAAAAUGACAUGUAAGACAGCUACUAGUUCACCUGUGAGGAGUCUUUACAUUUCAAUUUCUAUUAAGAGCAAAUUAAUUUACAUUUUUGUAUUCUGCAUUGUUUUCAAUCUUUGUAGUCAAAAAAUUCCCCAAAUGGAUUUUAAUGUGCAAGAUUUGAACCAAGCCUUGUAUAUAUCUUCUGUUUAGGAUUAUUAGCAUUACAUUUGGAAAGAGUGCCUGUGUUUUACCCAGUAUGCUAAGUAAGGUCUGUCAGUGUAAGCUACUUUUGAUUUCAGCUUCUGAGGUCACUGGGGCACUCCGCAUUCAUGCAUUUUAGUGAAUUCCAUCACAUAGUAAUAAAGACGUUUCUUUGCAUUCAUAGAAAAUUCUCUUAGGACAUUUUUAUAAAAUCACUUGUCAGAUACCUUUUCUUUUUUUAAUGUAAACCAUAUAUAAAAUUGUAACUCAAAAAGCAGUUCAGUGGCUUUUGUUUUUCUUUGGAAAAUUGCAGCAAAGAAUGGGAUCCUUUAACUUUGUAUUUGUAGUUUUGGGGGCCCCUUUAGUAGAAAUAAAAACAGGAAAUGAUAGGAAAAGAAGCAUACUAAAAAAUGCUUAGGUAUAUUUAAGCCAAAGUACAAAUAUUAAAAAAGAGUCUAAACACUUAACCCUAUAAAAUGAUGCUAAAAUACCCUGAGCUGUUGAUUAAAUAGGUAAACCAGAGCUUGUUUUCAGAUUGACAGUACAGUCAGUACAGUCACAACUGCAGGACCAAAAGAGUCUGUUGUGGUUGUCACUGUAACUUUCCCUCUUACCAGGUAAAAUAUGUCACUAGUUAAUAAGCCAAGUUGUGUUUUUUUUCUUUUUUGGCUUUUUUUCUUCUGUAUUUUCAAAGAAAUGUAUUAAUUUUUAACCGUACAUUUAAAAUCUAAGCAGGGGGACAUGCGAAUAACAAUCAUCAUCCACUUGGAUGUCAUUUUAUAAAUUAACACUGUGUGCUUUUGUAUGAAAAGAUAUAUAGUUUAAUAGUAGAAAUUAUAUACAUUAAUUUGCAUUCAUGCAAAAUACAAACUUUACAAAAAUUUGUUUCUUGGUGAAUUUAAAAAUGCAUGCAUUACAUGUAAAGGAAAACUAUUGCAAUUAAUGUUUAUCAUACCUUUCACUUGAUCUUUGGAAACUGUUAAUUUGGGUUUUGUUGGGUAGGAGUUGUUAUUUUUAAAUCACAAUAGACUUAUUCUAAGUCCAGUAGAUGAACAGGUCCUAUUAACAAGGAUUCCCAGGAAAUGGGUCUUUUCUCUGGCUGACCCUUCAAUGUUUGUAGGGCCCUACAGUUAGUGUUAGAGCUGUCUUGUAGCCAGUUCAGAUGCAGAAGGGUUAGGAUUUGUUGACGUUCACUGCAUUGCCAUACUUUAGUAGAUAUAUAAAACUCAUUAAUAAAUAGUUAAUCAUCCUCUUUUUGCUCUGUAUAGUUAGCUUAUAUCAUUUUUCUUUUGUGUGACAUUGAAUAGUCGACAUUUAAAUGUUCUCAUAUGCGUGUAUUAUCUGUGGCUUCAUAUGUAGAGUUUGAUUGGAAUUUAUCUGAACAAAUGCACACACACACACGAGUGCACAUACAUUCUUAGUAUUUCUGAACUCAUUAUCCUUUAGAAUAAUACCACAGAUUACCAGCAAUUAACUUCCUAUUCCCCAAAAUGUUUCUUGUCUUUCUGUCUAGAAAUGGAACUCAUUUGUCUUAUUCAUGCUGAUACAUGUGUUAAAUGUACUGAAGUAAGUUUUAAAUGUUAAAAAUUCAUUUUGCAAUCAUAUGUAAGCAAUAAAAUAAAAAUUGAAUUA